CAAUUGAUCAAAAUUGCCUCAUGGUUCUGAAUCGACCCACCAAAACAGCCCCUUAAUUACAUACAUCGUGAAUUGUGAUUAUAUAGUUAUGUAUAUUCUACUUAUAAUCUUACUACCUAUGAAACGACGGUUAAUUAGUCACCAGUUUUUAACGAUUUGAUACCGGUUAAACCAGUCAGAUAUGAAAACACUCGCUACACAUGUUCAUAUACCGAAUCGAUUACGCGACAACAUUGGGUAAAACUAGGGAUGGCAAUGGGUCGGGUUGGGGCGGGUUUUGCCAAACCCGAACCCAAACCCAUGGGUUUUUCCGUCAAAAAAACCCGGGGUAAAACCCGCUGGGUUUGAAAAACUCAAACCCAACCCAACCCGCUGGGUAUCCGCGGGUUGAUGGGUUACCCGCGGGUUUUUUUGGUAAAAUAUUUAUAAAAUUAUAAUUAACAAGAAACUAUUAAAAAUAAAAAUAUUUAUACUGAUAGUUCAUAAUUGCUACAAGAAAGGCAGAGAACGAAUUUGGAUAAGUUCCAGUAAGCUCUCUGAACCGGCAUACACUGAAGAGAAGGUUUUCAAAGCUGUCUCUUGCAUGUUCUUCAGUCAGUGUCCUCCAUGAUUUCACACUGGCUUCAUUACCUGUGACCAUCAAAGGGUUCAGAUCAAGAUCUUGGAUACUUUAAACCAAUCAACUUCGAUCACAACACUAAGAAAAGUGGGCAGAGCAUGUUAGGUGCUUGGUUAAUGCAAAAUUCAAUAACAGUUAAGUCAGUGCAGUAUAUCUUGAUUAUAACAGGCCAGGGCCAGCCUACAUAGUAAAGCAGCUUAGCACAAACCCUGCUGCUUGGAAAAACUACUAGAGCCUCUUGAGCUAUCAGGAAGAAGUUCAUCAAUUGAGAAUCAUAAAGCAUGAUAUAGACUGAUUCUGGAAAGUAUCAGAGAACCUGAAGACACAUGAAAAAGCUGCUAGUGUAACAUAUGAUCAAGUACCGGUAGGCUGUCUUUAACAUGAAAGGGAAGGUAUCACACUCAUUGAACAUUUGUGAUUAUGAACUAGCACAUAUACCAACUGUUGGGAGAAACUUGCUAAGUACAAUUUCAAUAAUAGUGUCAUAUUCAAUCCAAAAAGAGUUGACAAAAAAUGAAGGUUUCCUACGAGUCAGGAGCCAGAGAUCCUCAGCACCAGAAAGAAGUUCACAACUAAAUUCUCAAAGGCAAUCUAUUUGGAUGGAAUGGAGAAACCAUUUACAGUGCAUGAAUAUAUAUAGACUGCUAAACAAUGAUUAGGACAUAAAAGCUGAAUAAAAGUAGGGUCCCUUGGCACUAAUUACUUCUUACUAGAAUAUCGAAAUGGCCAUCAGCCAUAGUCAACUAGGGAGUUCAUAUAAGUUGGGGAGGGCAUAUAAACAAUAUCUUGUAAUAGUGCUGCAGACGAUUUCCUAAAGACUUGAACAUCCUGAAAGGGAGAAGAGAGGAAGAACUCUUGGACUUGCGGGGCCUUUUCACAGCGGCUGAUUCUAGAUCAACAAAAUCGCCCCUUGGAUAUGCAUUGAAAGACUUGGGGCUGUUGGCAUAAAUGUUCAUGAUAAUGGUAAUCCAGCUCUCGAGCUGCAAUACUGGCCGAGAUCAAGCAUUACCCAGAUGCGAGUGAUUGAGCAAUGCACAAUGAAAGAAGAAGCAAUGGGAUCAUGAGGCUAAGAGCACGAGAAUCUCGAUACCGAUUCAAACCAUCAUGGCGCCGGUGGAUUGGACGACCUGAAGAAGAGGAGCAGGGAGAGUGGCGUCUGGCGGCGGAGUCGACGACUGACAUGUCGGGGCAGAGGAGCAGGGAGAGCCGGAGAGGCGCGGCCGGUAAUGGUGUCGAAGAGGCGGAGCCGGAGCAGGGGGAGAGAGGAGUCGCACUGUCGGAUUGGGAGUCGGGACUGGAGAUGGAGAAGAGGAGUCGUGGUGCCGGUCUCGCCGGAGAGGAAGAGGAGUCGCACCGUCGCAGCUCGCAGAGAGGAAGAGAGGAGUCGCACUGUCGCUGUGUCGCAGCUCGCGGAGAGGAAGAGAGGAAGAGAGGAGUCGCGCGCCGAUUAGGGUUUGUGAAUUUGUGUGAUCUGCGAUUUCCGAUUAGGGUGGGAAGGGAAUUAGGGAAGUGGGCUGGGCCUGGGGAGUGGGGGUCUGGGCUGGGGGACGGGUAAAUUGGAUUUGUAGGGUUAUGUCCGGGUAUCCACGGGUCGGGUUGGCCCAAACCCGAACCCGACCCAACCCGCCCAACCAGCCACCGGGUUUAAACCCGAACCCGGCCCGAACCCGGUCAACACGGGUUUUACCCGGUUUGACCGGGUUGGGUCGGGUCGGGUACCCGCGGGUCCGGGUUGAACUGCCAUCCCUAGGUAAAACCCAUAUCUAGGGUUUGGUUUCGUGAUGAUGUAUUUUCUUUGAUGAAUCAUGGGUUUCUUUCCCUUUCUUGGUCUCCCAUCGUUAGUAUAUAGUUAGGUGGCUGUGAAUGACAAAACGACGGGUCGAGAACCUGCCCAAGUUCCCUCUGACAGCAUAGCACAUAAAUUCAUGGCUGCUUUGCAUACUGAUGAGUCUCAUCACCAACCCAAAGGAGAGGAAAAGGGAGGCAUCCAUCAGAAGAACUCAGAAGGAACAAAGAAAGAAAGACAAAAAGAAAUGAAUUCGCAAGUCUUCACAUGCAUGCAUGAAACUCAGAAACCUACAUAAUUCAAGCCCUAUUUUUGCAGUGUUCCAUUUCUCCAUAAAUAGCUAUGUCGGCAUGCAAUGUAUAUAGUAAUUGGUCAGAUAACAACAAUAUAUGAUUAAAAGGUAUUGAUAUGAGUUAUAGUUCGAGAGAAUAUUGUUAUAGUUAAGAGAAUAAAAGGUAAUCGGAAGAUGAGGUAAAAUAAACUCAUGCCCCACUUCACAUUACUCACAAGCCGACUUAUUGUUUGAAUAGUGUCGAUUAUGAUAUAAAUACUAAAUUACAAUCUAAUUCACGCUCGCUAAAACAUUCAUGUAAUUUUUUUACAACACAAAUCCUCUAGGUAGUUUAUAUGUUUUAAUUUGGAUACGUGUUAGCUAGCUCCAUCACCUUCUUCCUACAUAAAGUCAUGUAGUUAUUGUUCAUAAGAAUAGCCCAUUUAUCGAAUAAAAAAAACGUCCUCAAUGCUACAAGUACAAAAUUCAUAGAAACUUACAAAUGAAAGAAAAUGAAACUUGAAACUGAUAGACAUCUUCAUCGAUUUUGCAUCUCUCUAAUUAUUUUUUUAUGAACCUCACAAUUCACAUGCAUCUCUAUUAUUAUAAAGGUGCAUCCAUCAAAUCAAAUCCAGACUAGUUAGCUAAUCAAAUAGUUUUCUUCCCCAUCACAAUCCCUUUCUGACUCGAGUGACCAUUAUCUGACAAAUCACCAGGGGCCAGAGAGAAAGGGAAAGAGAAGAGUAGUUUGGUGGGAAGUUAUGAAGCAAUGAGACACCAGAGAAUAUGCAUUUACACAUAUGCAGAGACUGCAUUUGUUCCCCAAAACAAGGGCAUCAUGGAGUUGCCUUUCCUUCCAUCUCCCAAUGUCCAUGUGAGUGAUCCCAAAUAUAAUGGAGAUAGAUAUUGGCUAAGAUGGAUCGAUGUGGAACUCUCAUGUGUAUAGUAAUCUACCAGCUGUCUCUACUGUCACUCAUAAUGAGAUGUUGUAAAACCAUAUUGAAGGUUGCGAACGAACAAACUAUUCAGUUCCAAUAACUCGAGUUGUUGAGAAAAGAGUUUGUAUGAUUUUUUUUUAAUCUCUUACACGACCCAUCUAACGAAAGUCUAUUUGUGGGUUUUUAAGUUUGCACACGUUGAACAUAUCAUUGUACCGCUACCAUUAGGCUUUCAGUUUGCACAGGUUGAACAUAUUAUCCCUUGUGCUAAACCAUUGUUUAUAUUGGGGAGUCGUCAUAAGGAUUUGAAAUCAUGACCUCUCAGACGAAGGCUCUAAUACCAUGUGAACGAAUAUAUAAACUACUUAGUCUCAAUAACUCGAGUUGUUGAGCAAAAGUAUGUAUGAGUUUUUUUUUUAAAAUAUCUUACAGAGGUUGUACCAGAUAAAUCAGUGGUAGCUUUUUUAUUGUUGUUGUUAGGGCUGGCUAUUUGGUCCGGACUGUUUGGUUUUACCCGAAACCGGACCGGGACCGGAUUAGGACCGGAUAGCAAACAAUCCAAACUCAUAUUCGGGCUUAGAUUGAGGUAAAAAAACCGUUUGAGACCGGAUCAAAAACCAGAUUAAGACCGGAUAAGAGACCCCAACACCCAAAACUUAACCAACUCCUCACCCUUUGAGGCCUCAAGCCACUCAAAUCCCCACAAGCUCAAUCUAAAAUCAAGACCAAAUUGGGACCGGACCGGGUCAAGACCAGACCGGAUUAAGACCAGAUUGUAUCCAAUCCAAUCUUCGGCCCUUAUAUUUCCAAAAAGACCGGACUGGGACCGGAUCAAUUCGGACCAAUUUAACCGAACAGGACCAUGUAGCCAACCCCUAAUUGUUGUUGUAACUGUGAUUAAACCCUUUAUCAGUAAAACUAUUAAUUAAUUUGAGUUUCGGUAGAUAAUUUUUCUGAUCGGACCACCAACUACACAGUUAUUGUAGGAUGUUUGCAAACUCAUCUCAUAAUAUACAAAUUGCACGAAAGGAAAGCCGUAUAUGGCUACCUAGCUGGCUGCCUAGCUCGACCUUCAAUGUGGGGGGGACCGAUUCCUUAACUCAAACCACAGGUGUCGAAACUGAGUAUCUCCACCAGCCAAUGAGCCAACACGUGUGUGUGAGACCACCACCAAUCAAAGCUGCCUCCUUUUCUGACUCCAAAAACCCAAACCCAUUAUAGGGUUUCUUGCGAUCUGGUUUUAAGUAAUGGAUUUGGUCUAAGUUUGAGCACAUGCAUGAUGAGAAAGAAGAUUACAUCCAAUUUGAUCUCUAGAUACGAGGGAUUUGGUGGUUGUGGACACCCUCAUGGCCAAGUUCAUUUUAUUCCCAAAUGCUGCAAUAUAAUAAGCAAAAAGCAUUGCAGUUAGCUAGAUCUGUGAUAAUAUGGUCAAGAGAUCGAUCGAUGAUGGAACCGAAGAGAAGGGGCUAGAGAUGGAAUCGUGCAACCCAAAUGAUGAGGAUUUUAAUAUAGUAGGGAGUAGUUGUGCAUUGGAAGAAGGGAGCAGUUGCUUUUGCUUCUCCCUAGAACGUCUUCACCCUAGCUGGCCAGGGAGCAACCAAUAAUUGAAGCUUGCUAACAUAUGUUUAAGACACAAGGGUGGGUUUUGUUAUAUGUCACUAGCUAGGGUUUGUCGUCAUUGCAUACGAUCUCACUUAUAAUGGGUACACCGACAAGCGUGAAUUUGUUAACCACUCAUCACUAUAGGUAAUGACCAGUAUACUUCGAUACUAUCGUGUAUUCCAUAGGUGAUCUGACUCACUGACUGUCAGAUUUACUUCGAUGAGCUCCGACCAAUAUCUCAACGGUCAAUUAUUAUUAUUUCUUAAAUCGAAGUUCGGGUUUGAGUUUAGAUAAUCGGGACCUGAGUUUUAUCCGUUAGAAGUUAGGGUAUAAUAUAUCAUACCCCAAACUCUGUUUAAUUCAUGGUCUAGAUAGUGACAUCUCACUAGAAAUACCUGAAGUAUAGUAUAUUUUAGGAGUACAUCAGUCUGACCCUUAGUAGUUAACAACUAACCACAAACAUCAUAACUUUACUAACCAUGCCCAGCCCAUUAUUCACAAAUUGUGGGUGUGGAUAACCAUGAUAUAUGUGAUUUGGUGUGACUUGCAAGUUAUCUAUGGACCACAAACCAAACAUUUACUUCUAGUAACGAUACCGAUCAUGAUGUGUACCCGCCUUAUUUUUCUCGUUAUCAGGUUUAAACCAACAACAAUAAUAAUAUGGGUAUGGUUUUUCAUAAUUUCGAUGAAGGGUCCCUGAUAAAAAAACUACAAUUUGUGUGUGUCACCAAGGCUGUCAAACCUGUAUCCGGCUGGCUGGUUCAACCGGGUUUGACUAAAACUUGUAAUCUAAAUGGUGCAAUACACUCUGGUUGGAUGGUUUUAGAAAAAAAUCAAAAUAGGGUUAAACCAGUCAGAUUGAGUCUGUUAAAACUGGGAGGUCUGACCAGUAAAAACAGGGUUUGAAAAUGAUGACUGAUAAUUUUGUAAUAGAUAUUUCUUUUGAACAAAUAUGAAUGUAGAUUAGUGAGAUUUUCUUUGGAUAUGUCAUAAUAUACGCAUAAUCUAUUUGAUAUUAAAGACUUUCUCACAUAUUAUGUUAAAACCAACUUGAACUGGUUGAACCAAAUCCAACAAUUAUACUUCAAAUAACUUGUCAUACCGACUUAAUAGCUUAAUCCAGUUUGACAACCUUGUGUCACAAAAUUACGUACCCUCAUUAACUACAUCAUAUCAAAAUGACCAUAUUUUAUAGUUUAGGCUAAACCCCGAUGAUGAGUGUUGGAAAGAUAUAGCCUUAGUGGAGUCCAUCUUUCCACGUCCAAACUGUGCUAUAAUUACUCAUAAAUACACACAUCUAAGUUAAUAAUAUAUAGAUUUACACAUAUUGGAUCAAAGCUAGCUCUUGGACCUAUAUGUUCUUCUUUUCUAUGAAUCUUGGUCCUAUAUGUUUUUUUAGAUGAAUGCCAAUUUCUUCUAUAUUCCAAAAUCCAUGUGGGGCUUCUUUUCCACCCUUUUAAGUGGAUUCCAACUCCUCUCUCAACCAUAUUAUUGGCCAGAUUCCUCUUUGGCAUGCUUGGUGGGUGGUGGGUUUCCCUUUCCAAACCCUAAUAAUUAACCCAAACAAAGUAGGUGCUCUUCAUAUCCCAAUAUCUAUUUUGUACUGUCUCUUUCUCUCCAAACAAGUUGCCCCUUCCAGUUCAUAUCUUCUGCACCCAAUGGGUAUGUAGCUUUGAUCCAAGUAUACAAUGUUAAGCAGCAAGCUAAGAUUGAGUUUUCAGUUGCUCAUUGGUUUUCAGCAAGCAUAAACCCAACCAUGCUGUUAAGUUUUGUGCAUAUAUUUCAUGAAUCAAUUACUAGAGUUAGAAACAUGCACAUCUUCAAAUAUCUCCCAAAUUCAACCACAUUGAAUGUUUUUAUGUCAUUGUUAUUUGUUUCGAAAUCACUUUGAGAUCAGUGAAAAUGAUUGGAUAUAUUCAAACGAAAUUAGAUGAUCUCAAUGAGUUCAGUCAAUGAUAAUAUAUGUGAGAAUAGCUGCGUCUAUGACGCCCCGUGUCAAAUUCAAACGGCCUGAUCUUAUAUCCAGAUGAAUGAAUUAGUUUGUUAGGAGAUCGAUGACAUAAUUUUUAUUUUGAGCAUUCAUAUGGAUUACAAGUACAAAAAGGUGGGGCAAAAAACACAGGGAGCCCAUGUCUGAAAAAAGGGAGUAUGCUGGUGGUUGAGCAUUCCAGAUAGAUAUAGGCAUAUACACCUGCAAAACCAGACAACCAAUUAACCAACUGAUACAUUAAAUACCUAUAAUAUAACAAAGUUCAAGAUCCUGAUUAGUAGUACAUCGGAUCUGACUCUUAAUUUUGGUAAUAAUUUGAGGGUUAGAUGCCUACAUCCUGGGUUCAUAAUUGCAGUUAUAAAAUUUUAUUAAUUAAGUACCACUUUGCAAAGUUAGCUAGCAUAAUGCCAGCCUAGCUAGCUAGUAGCGACUAUGCCUAAUUAAAACAUUUUGAUUGCAAUCAUUCCACAGAACGGAUUGCACAUAAUGAUGGUGGUUAUAAUCAUAGUUAAAGACCACUCUCUUUCAUAAUUAUCAGAAUUAAGAAAAAUGCAGCUUGUUUGAAACCACUUUUUCCUUUUCGUGUAUGCGGUUGGGGUUAGACAUAACGUAUAAGAUUGACCUACCAUUUUGGCCACAAUUAUUGAUAUGGGUAUGAUGAGUUGACCGCUCGAGAUGGCAUUCAACUUUUUUUUUUUUUUUUCGUGGAUUGAUCGAUUUCUGUGUACUGAUUUUCAUCGAGAUUGUGUUUGUGUUCAGCGAAUGUUUGAAUCUUCCAUCGAAGUUCUGUUCGAAAAUCUCGUCCGAGAACUUUAACGUUCUCUUAACUAAGAGUCAGCAAAUAAUCUAGGUAUCUCCAAUGAGAUUAAAAAAAUGUAUAUUUGUGGUUUGAUUUGUAGAGAUGAGAUAAAAACAAAAGAGGUCUCAUGCAAGAAGAGGGAUGUUUUUGUUUUCAUCUUCAAGCUAUUAUGGUGGUGGCCCUUUUUCAUCAUAGCUAGAGUACAUUACUCUUUGCAACUCUCAAUCAUAAAACGACCUAAUCCUUAACGACCCAAUCAUAAAACGACUCAAUGAUCUUAUCCCUGGGUAAGGAUUUGUCCUUAAGUUAGUAGCUAUGGGAAUAUCUUUUCUCCUAUUACCCUAUCGCACAUAAAUGAAUUUAUUUACUAAAAAAAUAUGCUUUUAACAUAAUCUCCUAAUUCUUUGGUUAGAAAAGUUUCGAGAUUAAGAAAAAUAGUUAGGAACAAUCAGUGGCGGACCCAGAAACUUUUUAUAGGGGCGUCCUCUUUUAAAAAAUAAAUUUAGCAAAAUUAAAAAUAAAAAAUUAUUACAAAUAAAAUUGUAAAUUAGAAAAUACCUUACUCGUACAGGUUAAAAAAGCUCAUUAUGUGUUCUCAUAUUCUGAAAUAAUUGUAGAAUACAUUUGGUGUCUAUAGACCAUAGUGUUAAAAAAAUUGCUAUGUUUUGAAAAUAAUUAGAAAUAGGGAAUGACAUUUUACUAUGAUACAGUGUUCAAAAUCAAACAACAAAUGAGUUGUAGUUUAAUGAAAAUUAAGUUUAUUAAUAAUAAUAGUGCUCUAGGUUUGAAUUACCCAACCUAUCACUUAUAUUCCCAUACACAAAUUUAAAAAAUGACAUUAGAAUAAUCAUUUUUUCAAAUGUUAGGGGUGUCCCUCACUACCAAUUAUAAAUUUUUUACUCAUACGUAAAUUACUACAGUGGGUUGAAUAAUCGUUUCCCCAAAAUUUAGGGGUGUCUCCGUGCUUCCGCCCCUGGGAACAAUAUGGACACCACGACUAAUAGAUUCCGACAUAAAAC